CUGGAGGAGGUGUAACAGACUCGAAGCGUACAGUACAUGCCCUGAUCAGGCGAGACAGAGGAAGAGUAUGGACGAGGAUGAGCACUACACCCGCAGCCCUGCCUGGGAAGAGCUGUUUGUGAGAGAGCCGCUAGAGUCUGCUGCAGAGGUUUGCUCCCGCCGCUGCGAGCGCCUCGAGGCUCCGUGCAGCCGGGGAGAAGCGCUCGGGAGAACAGAACCAGCCCCGCCGUGUUCAGACAUGAAGAUGCACACAUGUUUCACAGCAGCUCAUAUUAAAUAGUGAAAGUGUGGAGGCGCGCGGUCGGGCACAAACACGCACAAGCAUGACGGCCAAGAGAACCGCUUUCCAGCCGCUGUCCAGCUCCCGCAUCCCGGCGGAGAGGAAGGGAGCGGCUGAGCGCCUUCAUAACCCCGAGCCCUGUGCCUCUUUCCCGCAGGAGCCGGAGAAACCAGCGGCGUCCUCCUCGGGGGCUGUCGGGGGCUCCGGGCCGGUGCUGGACGAGUCAUCCGACAGCGAGGGAGAGCAGGAAGGGCCGCAGAAACUCAUCAGGAAAGUGUCAACCUCCGGGCAAAUACGGAGCAAGACGAGUGUGAAGGAAGGGUUGCUUCUGAAACAGACAAGCUCAUUCCAGCGUUGGAAAAAGCGUUAUUUCAAAUUGCGGGGACGGACGCUAUACUAUGCCAAGGAUGCCAAGGCGGGUGGCGUUUUGGCCCGCUGGCAGUAUCGGGUCUCUCGUGGUCGCGUGUGCUGGAGGGUGCUUUCCGUCUGCUGGAGCGGUGUCCGCCUUCCGCCGCCUGUUCUUGGCACCAGUGGAUCGGAGGAAGGCUUAGUGGCGAUUCGGUCUCUUAUUUUCGACGAGGUGGAUCUUUCAGAUGCCAGUGUUGCCGAAACAAGCACAAAGAAUGUCAACAACAGUUUCACGGUAAUUACACCGUUCCGAAGGCUUAUCCUGUGCGCCGAGAACAGGAAAGAAAUGGAGGACUGGAUCAGCUCGCUGAAAUCGGUUCAGUCCAGAGAGCAUUACGAGACGGCACAGUUUAAUGUGGAACAUUUCUCAGGGAUGCACAACUGGUAUGCCUGCUCCCACGCUCGCCCUACCUUCUGCAACGUCUGUCGGGACAGCCUCUCAGGGGUCACUUCUCAUGGCCUCUCUUGUGAAGUGUGUAAAUUCAAGGCCCACAAAAGAUGCGCAGUCAGGGCCACCAACAACUGCAAAUGGACAACGUUGGCCUCUAUCGGGAAAGACAUCAUUGAGGACGAGGAUGGGAUUGCGAUGCCACACCAGUGGCUGGAAGGCAACCUGCCUGUCAGUGCUAAGUGCGCAGUUUGCGACAAAACCUGUGGCAGCGUGUUGCGCUUGCAGGACUGGCGUUGUUUGUGGUGCAAAGCCAUGGUGCACACGGCAUGCAUGGAUCUCUACCCUCGCAAAUGUCCCCUCGGCCAGUGCAAAGUGUCCAUCAUCCCCCCUACCGCCCUCAACAGCAUCGACUCAGACGGUUUCUGGAAGGCCACCUGUCCCCCAUCAUGUGCAAGUCCACUCCUCGUGUUUGUCAACUCAAAAAGCGGAGACAACCAAGGGGUAAAAUUCCUGCGUCGCUUCAAACAGCUGCUCAAUCCUGCUCAGGUCUUUGACCUGGUCAACGGUGGACCUCAUUUAGGCCUUCGCUUGUUCCAAAAGUUCGAUAACUUCCGAAUCCUGGUGUGCGGUGGAGAUGGAAGCGUUGGUUGGGUCCUGUCUGAAAUUGAUAAACUAAAUCUUCACAAACAGUGCCAGCUGGGUGUUCUGCCGCUGGGCACCGGGAAUGACCUGGCACGGGUGCUCGGCUGGGGGCCGUCCUGUGAUGAUGACACUCAACUCCCUCAGACACUGGAGAAGCUGGAGAGAGCCAGCACCAAGAUGCUGGACAGGUGGAGUAUAAUGACGUAUGAGAUUAAAAUACCUCCCAAACACAGCUGCCCCACCACACCGGAGGAGACAGAGGACGGCCAGUUACAGAUAUCUGCUUACGAGGAUUCAGUGGCUGCUCAUCUCACGAAGAUCCUGAACUCAGAUCAGCACUCGGUGGUCAUAUCUUCAUCAAAGGUAUUGUGUGAGACGGUGAAAGAAUUUGUGGCCAAAGUUGGGAAGUGUUAUGAGAGAAGCGGUGAGAGUAUGGAGGAGGCUGAUGCGCUUGCUCUCAAAUGUGUGAUUCUGAACGAGAAGCUGGACUCCCUCCUGCAGACGCUGAAUUUGGAGGCGCAGGCCAUGACGCCCUCAGCCCUCACCACGCCACCCAUCGUGGAGGAGGAGGUGGAGGAGGAGGAGGAGCUGGAGGAAGAGGAGGAUCUGAGUGAAGAGUCUAUAACGGAGCUGAAGGAGAACGAGACCGAGAAAGGCUCUGCUCAUAAGCUCUUCAGACCCCGCGAGCAGCUCGUGCUGAGAGCCAACAGCCUGAAGAAAGCUCUCAGACAGAUCAUCGAGCAGGCAGAGAGAAUGGUGGAUGAGCAGAACGCUCACACGGACGAGCAGGAGCUGCAGUCUCCCUCUGACUUCAGGAAGGACAGCGAGGAGGAAAACCGAGACAGUGAGAAGGACGAGGACACUAAAGAACUGGAAGCUCUGCCCUUGGCUAAGUCACUGUGUUUGCCGCCAGAGAGGCGUUUGAGUCGCAGCACACAGUCCUGUGGCUCCUUCUCCAUCACUCCCUUCACCACGAGCAAGGAGAACCUGCCCGUCCUCAACACACGCAUCAUCUGUCCCGGUCUGCGGGCAGGUCUCGCUGCAUCUAUAGCUGGAAGCUCCAUAAUCAGUAAGAUGCUGCUUGCCAACAUUGAUCCCUUUGGAGCCACACCCUUCAUAGAUCCUGACCUGGACUCACUAGAGGGCUACUUGGAGAAGUGUGUGAUGAACAACUACUUUGGCAUUGGGUUAGAUGCAAAGAUCUCACUGGAGUUCAACAACAAACGUGAGGAGCACCCGGAGAAAUGCAGAAGUCGCACUAAAAACAUGAUGUGGUAUGGCGUUCUGGGGACGAAAGAGCUUCUGCAGCGGACCUACAAGAACUUGGAGCAGAAGGUUCAGCUGGAGUGUGACGGCCAGUACAUCCCACUCCCCAGUCUCCAGGGGAUCGCUGUGCUGAACAUCCCCAGCUACGCCGGGGGAACCAACUUCUGGGGCGGCACCAAAGAGGAUGACAUAUUUUGCGCCCCUUCAUUUGAUGACAAAAUUUUGGAAGUGGUGGCUGUGUUUGGUAGUAUGCAGAUGGCUGUGUCGAGGGUGAUCAAACUGCAGCAUCACCGUAUUGCACAGUGUCGCACGGUGAAGAUCACCAUCCUGGGAGAUGAAGGAGUGCCGGUCCAGGUGGAUGGAGAAGCCUGGAUUCAACCUCCUGGAGUCAUCAAGAUUCAGCACAAGAACCGGGCCCAGAUGCUGACAAGAGACAGGGCAUUUGAAAACACGCUGAAGUCUUGGGAGGAUAAACUGAAAUACGACAAGCCUCCGCUGAGGCCGCACCUGUAUCCUCAACACUCUGUGGAUCUGGCCACAGAGGAGGAGGCCACAAUCAUCCAGAUGUGCGCUCGAGCCGCAGAAGAUCUCAUCACCAGGAUCUGCGAGGCUGCCGAAAACUACCAACUCCUGGAGCAGGAGCUGGCCCACGCCGUCAACGCCUCCUCACACGCCAUCAACAAAACACACCCCAAGUUCCCCGAGAGCCUGACAAGAAACACUGCCAUUGAGGUGGCCAGCACCGUGAAGGCCCUGCACAAUGAGACCGAGUUGCUGUUAGUAGGACGAGUGCCAUUGCAACUGGACCCUCCUCAUGAAGAGCUGCUGUCCAGUGUCCUGCAGAGUGUUGAGCUUGAACUGGGCAAGCUGGCUGAGAUCGACUGGCUCUACCACAUCUUACAGCCCAAUGACGAGGAGGAUAACUCGCUUGAGUACGGAAAAAGAAACAGUCGGAGUGGCAUGUUUCGCAUAGUGCCAAAGUUCAAGAAAGAGAAAGCCCCAAAAAAGUCCAGCCCACAGUCAGUUCAGAGGUGGGGCACUGAGGAGGUGGCCGUCUGGCUGGAGCAGCUCAGCUUGGGAGAAUACAAAGAGACCUUCAUCCGCCACGACAUCCGCGGCUCCGAGCUCCUGCACCUGGAGAGGAGAGACCUCAAGGAUCUGGGGAUCUCGAAGGUGGGUCAUAUGAAGAGAAUUCUCCAGGGAACUAAGGACUUGGCCAAGAGUUCGAUGGUGGACCUGUGAGAGACGUCAACACACAUUCCGUUUGUGAGCGAAGAGGAGUGGGAAGUGCUUUGCUGUCGUGGAUCUCUGUAGGAAUAGCUUGUAGAAAAACUAGGGAUGUUUGUUUUAGAGCAAGUGCUGGUGCCAAAAUCGACAAGGAUUGUGUCCGAGACUUUUAGCCCCACAGAAAAGCCAUUCCUCACUUAUCGCGUCGACGGCACAAUCAGGUAUGCAAUUCUCAUCGUGCACGUGACCUCUGGCCUCUUUUACAGAUUCCAAAUCAAGUAGCAGAACAGGACUUCCAAACCGAGAGGAGAGGAGCACACGGCCUCUGAGUAGCUCACUGGCUCUGUGCCUUGCGGUAGACGGCAACAAUAGGAGGGCAAUGUGAUGUGUCAGCAAUAUUCUGCUUUUGACAGCACUGUUUACAUUUUAAGGAGAUGGGAAAAAGACUGCUGGAGUAUCGCAAUCAUAGUCCAGGAAAGGUCAAAGGGGGUUUCCUUCGCCAGUGACAUACUGAUGCAUGGUCUGCUUGCUAUAUUUGGAUAGCUGUUUUACUGCAUGAUCAGUGUCUUGUUUUUUAUUGUACAAACUUGAACAAGUUUUAUAUGAAUUUAGUGUGAUGCCAUUUGUUACUACUGAAGCAUCCCUUUGGUCUAAGUAGACUGCUGAUUUAUUUCUAUAUAUCGAUCUGCAUGGAAACCUCGUGUCAAAGCAGUGUCAUGUGCCAUAUUUAUUGUCAGAUGAGUUUUAUUGGUAAGAAAUAUUUUAAUCUUACAGUAGGACGUUAGGAAAGUCAGGGAAAUAAGUACCAAAGCGAAUGUCCCCUGGCUUUAAAAGCGAAAUGUUCUUUAAGACAUUUCCCCUAAAAUAUUUGAAAUAUUCAUCAAAAAUGGUCAAAUCUGGAGUAGUUCAGGAAAACAUGAACACUGCGACUCUUUGUAGCUUAAAAAACAUUAUUAUACGGUAGUUGAAAUCUAUUGUUUUGAAUAAGAAAUUGCAGUUGACCUGCAACAUUACAUGGUUGAUAUUUACUGAGUUCAGGAACCCAGUGCAGGUUUGAUAGGAGCAUCUACAUUUGGUUGGUGGCAUUACAGGGUAUAAGAGAUUGUUUGUUAAUAUAUGCACUGUAAAUAUACGUUAAAAGGUCCAGUUAUGAGUAAAGCCUUUGUAUUAUAGAAUGCUUUACAUAAUAUUAUCAGAUGACACAUUUAUUUGUGUAUAGAGUACCAUUGUGAAUUAUUGUUUAGUAAUCGCCUUUACACGUUAAGUGCUGUUGUACUCAAUGGAAGGUGCAAUAUUGUAUUUAUUUUGAUACAGUUCUUCUCUAUGAAGCUUUAUAAUGCGAGGUUUUUUCCAUGGAAAACUAAAAAGAUAAACUUCACACACUCCUCUUUCUUCAGUUUUGGAUUAAGAUGGACUUUGGGUCAGACGAAUCAUGCCAUGUUCUCUCCAAAAUUCAUAAAUCUUCCAUUAGCAAAUUGCUGAUUCUGUGCAACCGUGCUUCCAGGAUAAUUUGCUAGAUGGCUGGAUGUUUCCCCACACCAACUAUAAAACUGUUGUGCCUCUAUUUUUUCUGUAAAAUGGAAAAUUUCGAGCUCGGGGCUACACGUAGUUCUACAUAAGCCAACCUGACCAUCAGUGCAUGUGGGACUCAUAACAGUGGAUUUUUGUUGAUGUUACAUUAUAAUGUUCCUCUAGAGGGUGUUCAAUAACAUCAAGG